ACAUGUAUUUGAUAAUUUAUUCUAUUUGAAAUAAAUAAACUGUUUCAUGGUAGUUUCAGAAUUAUAGGCCUGUCCCAAAUAUAGGCAGGGUCAAUAAAAGCCCAGAUAUAUAUCUAUAUAUAUCAGAAAUGUAUCAAAAAUAAAAACAAAUUUGGCUCAAUGUACAUAGGCUACUGUACACAUACAGUGGGAUUGCACAAUUUCACUUACACUUAAUUUUUUUCUUCAAAAAUUUCCAAUGUUUUCUAAUAGUUAUUUCUAUUUGUGCUGGUCAAUGAUGACGGAUAGGUAAAAAUGUACUUCUAAAAAUUUAAUAGAACUGGGGUCGAGGGGCCACUAAGUGCUCAAACAGAAACUAAUAUUCACACACAUUCAGCCACCGGUGGAAUAGCCACCAGGGGCAAUUCAGUGUUCAGUAUCUUGACUAAGGACACUUCGACAUGCAGCCUGGAGGAGCCAGGGAUUGAACUGCUGAUUUUCCAAUUAACGAGCAACCUGCUCUACAGCUGCCCCUAGAUCAAGCUUUCUGAUGUGCUAAUGUGGUACGGUGGACCAGGAAGGGGGCAAAUGAAUGAAAGCCAAACUACGCCACCUAGGGAAUUACACCCCAGGAACUAUUAUUUAAACCUUGAUUAAUUGAAGGAGAAUGAAGAGAAAAAGGCACACAGGAACGUUACUGAUGAGGCAGAGACCUGAUUCAAAAUGUACGAAAAUCUAUUUAUUUUUAAUCAGCAAAAACAAGCAAUCUGGGACUGGAACUGCCAAAAGGAAAGGAAAUGUGAACAAACAAUAAAAGUAUGAUAAAAUGGUUAAUAAGACAACUUUCUUACAAUAAUUAGUUAAACUGUCUUCAAUAUAAAUUCAAAUAAAGAACCCAAAAUAACUUUAACCAAAACUAAGCAGAGGUCACUUGUGGAGAGGCAGGCUAUGCUGAGGAGUGAUACCAAUACCUACCUUAAGUGCAGCACUACAAACCUCACAGCCUUAUUCACAGCAAAAAUGGUGCAGUCUAUGUAGUGCCCCCGUGAAAUUACUCACAUGCAGAAAAGUGAAGGGGCCUUGCCACGGGUGCCUAGCCUCCCAACAAGAUGGCACCCUAAACAAAAUGUAAGUUUAAUACAAAAGAAUAAUAAACAAAUUCAUAUAAAAUAACAAAGUGACCUAAAGUUACCCAGUUGGCUGAAAAAGGGCAAACUAUAUCGCCAAAAACCCACAAGAACAUACACCUACAAUAAAUUAGAUCUAAAUUAAAGUAAUACAAAUUACAAACUACAACUUACAAAACUAAAGGGGCAUAAAACAGGAAACUAAGUCGGCAAAACAGCAGUGUUCUAAACCAAGGAGGAACCUGGAAAAGUGAGGGAAACAAUUAGCCAGGCUCAACCUUACUGCUUUAAAAUACAUUUAAAACCAUGUAUCUACUCACCACCUCUGAGAUGGGUCAUGAAGAUACAAAAAACAAUGGUCACAGGGCAGGAGAAAAGAGGCUCCUAACAGAGUCAAAGAGCAGGAAAGCAACAUAAUCAACUGUUAAGGGGAAAUAGAUGUGCAUGAAACUAUUCCCUUCACAUACCUGGGCUAUAAACACCAACCACAGCCACAGCAGGGACAGAUCAGGAAGCAGAGAGUAAGCAAGGGAACACAGGUGUCUUAUUUAGCCUAAGCCUAAUAAAGAGGGUGGCCAGGGGAGGAGUUAAGUCAAGGCUGGAUUCACCAUCACUACACAUUAACCUGUACUUGGGUAAUCUUUCCCCACCACACUAAGAUGCCAAGUGGCUCAUGGCAGCCAGAAAGCUAAUGCUCCCAGCCAUGACAUGGUCACUUGCCUUAGUUGCAAAUUUACGCCUAAACGAGUUAAGUUAUGCCCCAAGUAAUUGUGGUGAAACCAAAUUUAAGUAACUGAUUUAGGUGGCUUUCGCACCUGAAAGUCCGCACCUAGGUCCUAACCAUAGUUCACGUUUUUAUUAGUACUAUUUGUAGUGGCUAUUUGUCCAUAAACUUAAACAAAAACAAAUAAUAACAAACUUCUCAAAUGGCCACUUGAGGCUACGUCAUGGUUGGGCUUUACGCAGGUUCAGAGGUACCAAAUCAAAGUAAUGUCCAUAACAAGAUUGAGUUUGAGGAGGUUUAUUCACACACAUAAGCAAGCUUACAGACAUUUCUGCUGCCUCUCUCACGCUGGUAAAAAACCAUAUGCCCUCGUGCCUGAAGUACCUCCCACCUUGACCUAUUUAUGCAAAUGAUCAUAACACCAUGUGACCAACAAACCACAAUGCAAGUAAAGCAUAAAUACAAAAUAAACCAAAUUAACUUUAACAAGAAAAUAAAUAAAUUAGGCUAUAAAUUAACUUAAGCCCAAAAUAAACAAAAAUAAGAAUAUAGCUCCAACACUAUUAGUUAGUUAUGGUUUGGAUUCAUAUUUCAAUUCUGCAAGCGCACUAAAGAACUUUACAUGAUGGUCUUGCAUCCUGUCACCAUCAUGUCUGUGGGCUGCAUCUCCCUAUACUUGAAAGAAAGUGACUGGUUAGGGAGAGCAGCAGUAUCUCGGUUGUGACUUGUCUUUACAAAUUGUAAUAUAUAUGUGUGACUAAGAGUAUGUGCAUUUACAACGAUACUGACAAUGAUUUAACUCCAUAGAAUAAGACAUGAAAUAAGGCUGCUGUGAUUGAACCUCUGUCUGUGUGACCGCACAGUUUCCCAGCAUGCCUCAGCUGUGGAGCUGUAUGAGGGGGAGGAGUUUGUCCUGCUGCCCUCGUCAGCAGGAAGGUGACGAACUUAGAGACCAAAACCAGCUUUACAGCGGCCGAACAUCCAUGAUGACUGACGCUCUGGAAACUGGAGACCUCAGCCUCAACCUGACAAAACUCCAGCUCUCUGACAGCGGCACCUACACCUGCACCGUCAGUGCAUUGGGAGGACAAUGGAGAUUGUCAGACAUACGGCUGCUGGUGAAAGUUUCCCAGCAUGCCUCAGCUGUGGAGCUGUAUGAGGGCGAGCAGUUUGUCCUGCUGCCCUGUCAUUUUCCCCCAUUGGACCUGGACGAACCCACAGUGGUGUGGAGCCGCUACGAUCUUGAUCCUCCAACCGUCCACCAGCGUCAGCAGGAAGGUGAUGAGCUUAAAGACCAAAACCAGAUUUACAGCAGCCGAACAUCCAUGAUGACUGACGCUCUGGAAACCGGAGACCUCAGCCUCAAGCUGACAAAACUCCAGCUCUCUGACAGCGGCAGCUACACCUGCACCGUCAGAGCGUUAGGAGGAAACCGGAAAGUGACAGAGAUCCAGCUGCAGGUCAAAGAACGAUUUCCACCCUGGGUCAAAGUUCUCCUGGUUCUCCUGGUUCUCCUGGUUGCUGGUCUUGUUGCUGUGGGUCUUUUGGUACAUUUCCGGCAGUAUUUCAUGUCAGUCUACCAGGUGGAGGUGGAUUCAGAGGUGGAGUCUGUCCUGCUGCCCUGCAAAACCACAGUUCACCUGCCUGAAGACGUCACAGUGGAGUGGAGGAACAGAUACAACUGGAAGGUCCACGUAUAUAAGAACGGCUCUGACCAGCCUGAAGAACAGGACAGUUUUUACAGAGACCGAACAGAGAUGAAGAGAAAUGCGCUGAGACCUGGAGACCUCAGUCUGACCCUGAAAUACCCCACAGACAGAGACAGUAACACCUACACCUGCACCGUCUACAGCAGGGAGGGAGACAUCCUGAUGAAGAAACAAGUCCUGCUGCAGGUCAAAGACUGUCAGGUGGAGGUGGAGGAGGGGGCGGAGUCUGUCCUGCUGCCCUGCAAGACCACAGAGAACCUGCCUCAGGACGCUGAGGUGAAGUGGAUCCGCUUUGAACCUGAUAAGACAGUUCACAUGUAUCAGAACGGCUCUGACCAGCCUGACCAACAGGACCAGGAUUACAGAGACCGAACAGAGAUGAAGGAAGACCUGCUGAGAACUGGAGACCUCAGUCUGACCCUGAAAUCCCCCACAGACAGAGACGGAGGACGAUACAGGUGCAUCGUCACCAGCAGAAACAUCUGGAGAGUGAAAACAGUUGAUCUCAGGGUCAAAGAGAGAAGCAGGAACAGAAGCAGCUCCACUGAUCCAACUCCUCUGAUGGCCGAUCAAUCUGUUUGAUCUUUGAUCAUUGAUCCGAUCUGACUCUGGAUCAGAGAGAAAAUGGAGGUGAAGCAGCUGAUGGAGGACGGAUGAAGACAGGAGGACGCUUUGUCAGCUUCUUCUUCACUCUGACUCCUACACCUAGGCAGUUUCUCAAUCUCCGUUCUUGUGGACUUUUGAAUCGUCAUAAGUCGCAACCAAAGUACUGUUCCAAAGCCCCUGAAGCUCCUUUAGCUCCAGAUGACACCACGGCUGGAGCAGAUGACAUGAAUGUUAGAGUGACAGAAACUAGGCUGUGAAGAAAACGAGAAACAUGCUGUCGCAACAGUACCUGGUGAGUGACAGUAGCAUGUGUUAUCAUUAAUGUAACCAGAACAGCAGGGGAUUUUUGGUGUACUGAAAUGCAUUGUGGACCUGUGAACUUAAUGUGCGUGUGUGUGUGUGUGUGCGCGCUACACACUUAGCAUCUAAAGUUUAGGUAUUCUGUAGUGAAUAGUUUGGAUUCUAAACUAUUCACUACAAAAGCUGCAGUGUUGAAGUAGAGUAUAAACACCACUACAGAAUGUCAGCCAGUGCAGUCUCACCACAGAAAGGGAGGCAGUGUGUCGACAUGGACCCAGCUUUGAGUCCAGCUGUGGAUCUACAGAGAGAGGAGAACAACCUGUAUUUAAACCACCAUCCAGAAUAUGACACCCAGCAGAUGCUGAGUGUGAAACAUCAAUUUUAAUCACAGUGGGGCACAAGACCCAGCAACAGACAUCUUAAAGGGACUAGAAAACAAAUUAACAAAAGGAACAAAAAGAUAACAAUAGAAAACAGUGGCUGGCCACAGACAUUAGUUGCGAGUUUCAAAAGUACAUUGUCUUGCACAUAAUUAAAACAGAAGAAUUAAAUAUAUAUUUACUUUGCAAGAUUACACAAAAUCCUGCAGCACAGUGAUGCAGGAGGAGAGAUAACUACUAUAAAGAUCACAGGGCUAAAAGUCAUUAAGACACACAGAUAGUCACGUGUAUAUAUUUUACCACUAUCUCCAGAUCCCUACACAGCAGCUGAUUGGUGGCCAAGUCAGGUGGAGACUGAAACAUACACAAAGUCUUUACUAAAAGACAAAAGACAAACUACAGGCGCUCUUCAGUACAGUUUAAAGAAAUGUUGUUAGCAUAACAAGCAUCAGUAACACACAGACAAGUGGUCACGAGUGAAGCAAACAAAAGAACAGCAUUAGCUAAAGCCAUUCACUGCCACACCAUACAGCUCAUAAUGCUGACAGGCAUUACCAGGGGUUCAAAGCCCCAAAUAUCUAAAUAACAGUUGCCAUAGGUUCUUCUUUUGGGCAAUUUUAUUCAUUACACAAGCUCAAUACAACAAGCAAGAUGUAGAUGCCAAUGCCAGAAAUGCUAAAGGGAUAAAAGCCACUCGUUAAAAACACCUCCAUUCAGGGGGUUACCUGUGGGCCACCUGAGUGCCUUGACACCAUUAUACUCUCACUGGUGCACAGCCACCUAAACACAGCAAGUCAAACACACAUAAAACACACAAUAAAGCGAAGUUAAACAUGCGCACACAGUUAUCAUACACAGGAGACUUUCAGAAUGCUAAUGGGACCUCUGUGAUAUGUCUUCUAUCUGAUAAAAUCUCUCAGAGCCCGUCAGGUUUGCGGUAACAACAGGUUUAUCCCACAUCUUCAUUCAUGACAAAGGACAGUAGUGUUGAAUAGUCGUCUCGUGGACAAACAGCGCAUGCUUUGUCUGAGGGGAAACACUCCUUUGCGUUUUUUGGAUUAGUGUAUGUACUACUCUUAAAGGUCAAGAAAUCAGGUUUCUUUAGAUAGAUAUAUUAAGAAAUUAUAUUUACUUAAAUAUUCAAUAAAACCACAUGUUUUUUUUGAAUAUUAUUGUUACUUGUUCAUUAAACAACAGCCACAUCAAGAAAGUGCUACAUGAUGUCUUUUACUCCUGUAAUACAGUAUUUUACAACUUCUACAACAACCAAUCUGCACUAAUAUACCAAAGACAAUGAAUAACAUCUCAAAAACUAUCUAUCUAGUGCAUCAAGUAUGACCACUGACAGAUAACAGGGCAAUGUAAGUUUCACUGUUUCUGCAUCACAGUCCAUUAUAAACGUAAAGUUUACAAAUACAUUGUCAGGUCAGGAUCAAGGCUCCUCUUGCUUUGCUUAAUUAAAUAAGCCAUUCCUGGCUAUUGGUGACUUUUAAGUCCCCAAGAGUUGCUCUAAAUGUUGCAUAAAUAAUAACUAAAAUGGCUAUUAUAAAAUGCUAUUAUUAUACAUCGAGGUCUUCUUUAUACCAUCAACAUAAAAUAUUGCAUGUAAAAACAUAGAUUUUUAAUUUUAACAACCUUUUUGAGGGAACAUACACUCCCUUUUACAAUGUCCCCAGAUCAAUGAGACACAUUUGCAAUUAAAUAGAAAUAUAACUUUAUUAUUGUAUGGAUUAAUUUCAAAUAUAUUCAAUUAUAAAUAUAUAUAAAUGAAAACAUAUUAUUUUUUAUGAUUUACUGUGUGUCCCCAAAAUUGCGUUCCACCCUGUUAGUUUAUGGUUUUUCACCUUCUGAACAAAAAAAACUUCAAUUUCCAUAAAUCCACAUUCAGGAAGUACAUCACCCUAUUUGGGAGAAUUCUGCUUUUUUUGCAAGUUUUAUGAUGUAAACUUGUGUGUCCUACACAAGGCUAUGAAGAAAUUAAACCACAUUUUUCAAAAAUAACAACCAUGCUUGAUAUCUACACUAAAGUACCAUGUAUUUGUGUAGAGCUAUCUUACUAAAGUUUGCUGUCUCACAGAGCAAUGGCUUAUUUGGUUUUAAAAUGUCCAUCCUGUUAGCUUUAAGUUUAUAUACCUAACAGGGUGGAACAUAAAAAAAUCCAUUACAAAAUGUCAGGAAAUUCAUAUAAAUGCUAAUAAUCAUUAAAUUGUCAUUUAAACUGUUCAUGUAAUUCACCAAUAUAUAUAAAAGGUAACACGUUUGAUAUAUAUAUUUAUAUUAUACAUCCAUUUAGUUGGCUUUCACUGUGCCCUACAGCAUCAAGUAUCAACCGAUCACACCCUCUAGUGUGUAAUCAGUUAAUAGUCAUUUACACAGUGUUUGGAUAGGCAGUAAUAUAUAUUGUUAUGUGUUUAAUGUCCUGUGUGUUUUUUUUAAAGUUUUUAUUGUAUUUUCUAUAGAUUAAAACUGUUGUUUGAGUUGAUGACCAAGUAUUAUUGAAACUAACUGAGAAAUUGUUAGUCAUUCCACACUGUUAGGGUACUUUAAACCCUGGAGGUAUUUUUUUAUUAAAUAACUUAAAAACUA